CCCAUACUAAUCAUACUGUAUCACAUUGCAUCGUUGCGCAGUCUACGCGUUAUUGUUGUUAUACUAAGACGUUGGAGUCAUUCAUUUUCCACCCAAAAUCAGACUGUUUUCUGGUGAACUGGUAGGCUAGAUCAAUCAACCAUGGCAGAGGGAGAAGCAUUAGAUCCAGAUUGGUUUGGAUAUGAGUGUAAAUCAGGACAGAUUCUGUUCUACUAUAACAAAACAACAGGAGAACACGUAUGGGCAGGUGGUGAUAACAUUUCCAUGACAAAACCAGAUGAAAGUAAUCCAGAUUUGUGUGGAUAUGAAUGUAAAUCAGGAGAAAUUCUGUUCUACUAUGACAAGAAAACAGGAAAACAUCGAUGGGCAGGUGGUACUGAUCAAUUAAACAACAAUGAUUGCCAACUGUCAGUAUCCUGUGAAGACAUCCAGUGUACAGAGACUGAUGACUGUGGCUGUAGUAAUGGACAGAAGAUGCAAAGCUUGAAGAAACAUGUUAAACAAGAAAACAGCAAUUCAUUAAAGGAUAGUGGUUGCUUCAAUGAUAGAGAUGAGGAGACCCUACCCAGUUCGCAACAGAUAUCACAAGAACAUGUCAAUGAAAAAUCAGAAGAACAAGGUGAUGAACUUAUCCACACAGGUGCAAAACCACCAAAUGUAAAAGUACGCAAAUGCACUUACUGUAACCAGGCAUUUAAAAGAAAAAGUGAUCUUGUAAGGCAUGAAAGUACCCAUACAGAAGUCAAACCAUUCAAGUGUACAUACUGCAACAAGGCAUUUACAAUUAAGCGCUAUCUAAAUGCACAUGAACGCAUCCAUAAAGGAAUCAAACCAUACAAGUGCACACACUGUAAUAAGGCAUUUACUCGACAAGGUACUCUGAAGAACCACGAACGUAUUCACACAGGCGUCACUUCAUACAAGUGUACAUACUGUGACAAAGAAUUUACAUAUCAGAUUAAUUUAAAGAAACAUGAACUUAUUCACACAAGUGCCAAACCAACAAACGAAAAAGCACGCAAUUGCACCUACUGUAACAAGGCAUUUAAAAGAAAAAAUGAUCUGGUAAGACACGAACGUAUCCAUACAGGAGUCAAACCAUAUAAGUGUACAUACUGCAACAAGGCAUUUAUACGCAAGCGUAAUCUAGAGUCACAUGAACGCAUCCAUACAGGGAUCAAACCGUACAAGUGCACACACUGUGAUAAGGCGUUUACUCAAAAGAGUAUACUAAAGACACAUGAACGUAUCCAUACAGGUACCACUUCAUACAAGUGUACAUACUGUAACAAAGAAUUUACAUAUCAGAUUCAUUUAAAGCAGCAUGAACUUAUUCACACUGGUGCCAAACCAUACAAGUGUACAUACUGUGAUAAGCCAUUUAGACAUUCAAAUAGUCUUAAGGCACAUGAACGUACCCAUACAGGUGUCCAACCAUACAAGUGUAAAUACUGUAAUAAAGCAUUUACACAAUUGAAAAGUCUGAGGAUGCAUGAAAGUAUCCAUACAGGUGUCAAACCAUACAAGUGUUCCUCCUGUGAUAAGACAUUUACAUUUCAGUGUUCUUUAAAGACGCAUGAACGUGUCCAUACAGGAGUAAAACCAUACAAGUGUUCUCACUGUGACAAGACAUUUUCAAUACCGGGUAAUCUAAAGAAACACGAACGUAUACAUACAGGUGACAAACCAUUCAAGUGUACAUACUGUGAUAAGACAUUUACACGUCAGUGCAAUAUGAAGACACAUGAACGUAUCCAUACAGGUGUCAAACCUUACAAGUGUACMCACUGUAACAAAGCAUUCAAAAAACAAAGUCAUCUAACGUCRCAUGAGCGUACCCAUACAGAAGUGAAACCCUACAAGUGUACGUACUGUGACAUGGCAUUUACACAACAGGGUAAUCUAAAAAGACAUGAACGUAUCCAUACGGGUGUCAAACCAUACAAAUGUACAUAUUGCAACAAGGCAUUUAGUGAAAACGCYACUCUAAAGAUACAUGAACGCACCCACACAGGCGAAAAACCAUACAAAUGUAYAUGCUGUAACAAGGCAUUUAACCGUCAGGGCAAUCUGACGAUACAUAAACGUUCCCAUACAGGUGUCAAACCAUACCAGUGUUCACACUGUAAUAAGGCAUUUAGACAACAGAGUACUCUAAAGAGACAUGAACGCGCCCAUACAGAAUGACAAAAGACUCGGAGGAAUAUAUCAAUCAAGAGAAAUAGACAUAAGGCUUUGUACAUAGUUAGUUGAUAGAUAGGGCGUUUUCACUCACGUGACAAGGCAGCCAUAUUGGUGUACCAGACAAUAGAAACUUACUGCACAAGUUUUGCAUAAAAAUAAAGCUCAAUUAACGGAGGAUAGAACGUGUAUUGUUUUGGUACACCAACAUGGGCGCUGUGACGUCAUGUAAAAACAUAUGUGACGUCAUGUGAAAACUCAAGCCUCUAUACAGGCUUCAAGGCAUUUAAGCAAAGAAAGUAACUAAUCCGAAUUGUAUUUAUAUAUUUAAGUCAUCAUGUGAUCUUUAUAAAAGGAAUUUGAAUUACUUAGAUAUAGAGACAUUUGAGUUACAUUAGUACUACUGGUACGAAUGUCUCUAGAAUAACUUUGAGACGUAUAAGUGAAGUUCUUACUAAAACUGGAAGCAUAUUAUAGAAUAAACGAGAAAGAGUCUUU